CCCUUAACUUGGAUCAAAGCCUAAUGAUGCAGAGUACAAGCAAGCAAUGUCGGGGAUCUCGCAAAAAGGAGAUUGUAGGACAGCAGAAGUCUAAAGCCUAGUGAUGACAGUUGGCAAUCGGACAGUAGGAUCAUUUUAAUUCUGUUAUAACUUCCGAUUACAUCCAGGAUAUGUCAUGGUGAUUUAUUUCUUGUCGAAGUGAAGAUUGACAUGCCGUUUGUUUUGUUUUGUUUUGUUUGAUCGGUGGGACUGUAUUGUAUGUAGGCACAAAAUAGGAAAUCAGCAUGCUGACAAGGAGAACGAAGUCACGGUGACCCUAAGUUGCAAUAAUUCUCUUGAACCAAAUGAAUGCUUAUGCUGCAAAGUUCGGUCUUGUUGCAACUGUCAAACAGAACCAGUCAGCUUGAAGCAAGGUCACUCCAUCGUCAUUGGACAAAGUCAUCGCCUACUGUGAAGAGACUUUCAUAGACAAAUGAUCUUUGUCUACUCUAAAUAGCUUAGAGCAAUCCUACUGUAUAAUUGUCACUACAAAUCAGGCACAAAUAGUGAACACAAGGCUCGCAAAAGUUUUGGAAGGCCAAAAAUGCUAUCGACAGUCUCAAUCUUCAUGUACUCGAGAGAAUAAACAACAGAUUUGAAGAGAAAUUUAUUCAUCACGUUUGGAGUCAAACUCAAAUCAAGGCAUGCUCCGGCUAGAUAGUAUAUUCCGUCGAGGAAAUAAGAAGAAGUGCUCGCGUGGAUUUGUAGUACCGGUCUGUUCUGAACUAAUUUGAUUUGGAAUGUGGAUUAGAUAUUGUAAUCG